AUGUCCACUGGACCGCGCAUAACCACCGAUGGUCUCCUCUUCCAGUGCUUCCACUUUCGUUCCAUUCUGGAUCCCCCCUGGCGGGCGCCAAAGGAUCCCCACCCAACUGAUGCGCCGGACCUGCUAGGCUUCUGGGGGGGUGUACACCUGCACCGUGCCCACUCGCGAGUCGGAUUGGCCCUUCAAUCUAAAUUGCACUUAAGCGACGUGUCCGACCCUUGA